CGGAGCGAAACUUAGAAAAUGAAAGAAAAAGAAAAUCAAACGUCGCGAAAAGAACACCCGCGAUCUUCUUCAGAUCUCGCCAAUCGACGAUCAAAGGAUUCUCCGGCAAAAAAAACAUCAAAGAAGACUGCUCAGAAGAGUUUAGCCGAAGCGUUCGCUUCACCCGUUAAAGAUGUUUUGCCUGAAAUUUCUGAAGAAUCCUUUGAUUUCUCUUCGAUUUCUGCGAUUUCAGAUUCUAAGUACAACGGUGAAUCCGCUGAGAGCUUUGUUAUGGCUUCGUAUCCAUCACUUUCAACGUCAACAGAAAACUUCACACCAUCUGAACUCACUCCUUGUUCAAAGGUAAGCACUGUCAACAGAGAUGAACAAAUUGACUUUUCAAAGACUGCAUCGGCGGAAGUAGAGAUAGUAGUGAAUCUUAUAAAGCAAGCUCGACUACAAGCAUUGAAUUCUGUUGACAUGGAGAACAGACCGAAGAAGGUUCUGGAUGAAUUGAUCAAGUUUAUUAUCAAUGAGUUUUACUCUCUCCCUCUAGAGAGGGAUAAGAUACCUCAACUUGUUUCUAGAAAUGCUUAUGUCGGAUUUCUCUGCUUCCUGCUCUGGAUUGUUGCGGUCUUGCUGUUUUCCUUCUAUUUGUUCUACUAUUCAAGACUCGCUUGCUCUUUCACUGGACUUCCGCCAACUUGAAGGUUGGAUUUCAACUGGUCUUCUCACCUCAUCUGAUAUCUGCUGGACUCUCCUCAACUCGUACACAUUCUUUACUCUUCAAAUUGUGUUUACUUGCGACAGCUUUUGAAAUUUGCGUCACUCCCAAUGUUAGCAAUAAUUAGGGUUCACUGCCGAUUCAUGGUUGAAUCCAAAGCUAGUUUUAAAUAAUCUUGAAUCACUCCUCACCAUUCAAUGCAGCCAAGUACCUCACUUUCUGAUGCC